AUGUGGCACGAAGCCCGGAGACAGGAAAAGAAGAUACGGGGUAUGCUCGUUGAUUAUCAGCGACGUGCUGAAAGGAGAAGAGAUUUCUUUGAAACUAUCAAAGCAGAUCCUACACAAUUUCUGCAGAUUCAUGGGAGACAAUGCAAAAUCCAUUUAGACCCGGCUGUUGCAAUUGCUGGAGAUAGUCCUGCUAAUAUGAUGCCAUGGCAGAAUAAUUUAGACAACAUGAUUGAUCGUUUUGAUGUUCGUGCACAUUUGGAUUAUAUUCCUGAUACCAUUCCUUGUUAUAAAGAAGAUUUAACACCUGAAGAAAGGCACUGUAAUUAUGAGAGUUAUCGGAUAUUGGCUCAGAAUACAUUUCUUGGAAUUCGGGAAGAAAAGUUUUUGCAGCAGUUGGCUUAUGAAGAGCAAUUUGGAAUAACCCCUGAAGAAUCGAAUAAAAAAAAGAAAAGUAGCAGCAAUACUGGAGCAGCUAUUGGAUAUAACUAUGAGAAUACUGAAGUCAUACCUGGAAAGUCUGAAAAAACUGAUAAAGAUGGAAAUUCGGAUAGUUCAGAUUCUGAAGUGGAAAUUGAUAUGGAUGUUAGUAUUGAUAUCACAAAAGUGGGAUUAGCUCAGGCAAAUGAAAUGAAUAUUGCGGCACAAGCAUAUGGAAUGGCAGAUAAUGACUUUUAUUCAUUUUUGACUAAAGAUGCUGAUGAAGCCGAAUCUUUAAGAAUAGCUAGAGAGGAGGAACAGGAAAAGGCUAUGUACAGUGGCAGGAAAAGUAGACGAGAAAGGCGUCAGCAUAAGGAAAAGCGACUCCUAGACCAUCAUUUCACAUCAUUCAGUUUUGCUGUUGAAAAAGCCCCAGAGGAAGGUCCAAAAGUAGAAAAAUCUGUAUCCCGAUCACCAUCACCAUCUUCAUUGGGUCAAAUAACAUAUAUAACUUCUUUUGGAGGGGAAGAAGAAACAGGAAAAAAUUUCAAUAAAAGUUCUGGAAGUAUUUUAGAGAAAGGAAGCACCAGUAGUUUAAGAAAAAAAUCUACAUAUGCUGAUAAAUUAAAGAGUAGUUCCGUUCGAAGGCGCCGAAGUAGGAGUAGAUCUCGAAGAGGGACUAGGUCAAGUAGGUCAAGAUCAAGAAGUCGAUCACGUAAUGGACAUAGGCGAAGCAGGUCAUAUUCUAAACCACGCAGUUAUAGACAACGAUCUCGUUCCCCAUAUUCAUCACAUAGAAGACGUAGAUCGAGAACAAGAUCGCGGUCAAAAACUCGUUCUAGCCGCUACCAUAAUUCCAACCGUUCUCUCAAAUUGAGUAGUAGGAGACGUUCUAGGUCGAGAUCAAGAAGAUCGAGAUCCAGAAAAAGAUCUAGAUCUCGUUCUACCUACUCUGACUCUUCAAGCAGCUCUAGAUCUUCCCACAAGAGCCUGACAAAGAAACUAUCCCCAACUGUUUCUAAAGAUAAUGACAAUGAUAAUUCGAAAGACAAUUCAAGUGCAAAUGAUGUACAUUCACCUGUGGCUGGACCACCAAUAAAAAAAUAUUAUGGAAGGAAAAAGGGCGAUGAGAGUUCUUCUGAACUGAGUUUAUCAGAUAGUGAUGAUAGUGACAAUAGGACAAGAGAAAAUCCUGAUAUACAUACAAAUAGCAAUGCUUCAACAGAUGUUCAAUCUUUAACAAACAACAGUUCUGGCACUCCAGCUCAAUCAACAUCUAGCAGCCUAUUGAUAGCAAACCCGAUCAUAAGCAGUACCAAUACUGGUACAAGCACUAGCGUAUCGGGUUUGUUUGGUAAAACUAAACCUAAUGCGAUCAACAAAGCCGCCAACAAAGUCAGUAAGAAUCUUAUUUUAUUGCCAAAUGUGACAAAACAAUACAUCGUCAUUUUCAAUUUCAUUUUAACUUAUUCUUCAUCUUAUUAGUCUAAUA